AUGUCAGAUAGUGAUCGAGAGAUAAUAGGGUUGAUAAACAAUUUUUUUCUCAAGGCAGCGCUCUUGCUUGAGCAAUGUAAGGUUGUAGCGCGUGGCGGCGGUUUUGAUGGGGAGGAGCCACUUAGGGAUGGGAACCAUUUGUUUAACAUUGAAACGAGGGGCGAUCCGACGCUAGAAGCUCAGAUCCAGCCGUGGACCACGUUUGAUGGAGAGAAGAGUAUGCCUCCGUUGGUGUUGGAAACGUUCUUGGAUCUACGAGGAUUGCACUCGAACCAAACGGUGUAUCUCCACGAUUCAGACGGCAAUCCAUGGAUGGUUUGCAAAGGGGGUAAGAAAUCGGAGAUUGUGCUAGAACGGUGGCUUAUAGAGCUCGACAGGCAAUUCUCAUCUACUACCGGUAGCACUGAUGCUGCUGAAGACGAUGAGUAUAACGAAUUUAAUGACCCAGAGAACUUGCAUAAACAGUUGGUAUUGUUGUUCCGCUAUUUGUACACCCUUACACAAUUAUUACCCGCUAACGAUAUAAUUACGAAACUACAAGCAUCACAACAAGGUACGGCGCAAGCAACAACGACUACAGGCACUCUAAAGCCCUUACAUAUACACACGCGUCUCCUAGACGGAUCCAAGCCCAUCCUUUCCAAAGGUAGAGUCGGUUUGAGUAAACCCAUUAUUGCAUCAUAUUCUAAUACAAUGAACGAAACAAACAUUGCUUCGCACUUGGAACAGAGAAAAAUCACCCCAAUUAAAACAAAAUUCGGCUCUUUGCGUAUCACGGUUUCAUACAGAAAGGAUGUCGAUUUCUACGUAAUAGACCAAGAAGAUCCAUACAAAAGGACAACGAACGUAUCAGCACUGCAGGACACAGUAACGGCAACAGAUAGAAGAAUCUCGUCGAAUAGCAAUAUAUCGAUCUCAGUCUCCCCGAAAACCACAAACAUGCUGAACGCCAACCAUAUUCCAGUGGACAGUAGUGGCGGUGGAUUUGCAAGAAGACAGUCAAUCUCUUCUAAGCUGCAACCAUUCAAAGUUGGUUCCGUAGGCAGUGGCUCGUUUGUACAAAGUGGAAGUCUUCAAUCAGUGACAAAUCCAAACCCCAGUCUGUCCAGAAACGUUUCAAGCUCUUCUGUUGCUGCUGCAUUGAAGGUCCAACGUGGCAGUGCUGGUUCCACUGUAUUAAACUCCGAUUUACCUCCAGAACUAUCAAGUGUGGGAAGCGGCUCGAAGUAUUCGUCAUCCUUUGGACGUAUACGUCGUCACUCGAGUGUUCGAAGAUCAGAGAGUAUCGAUCGUACUGCUAAACCAAGAAAAUCUAACGAAACCCCACCUGAGGAUCUUUUGGAAUUUGUAAAAUUACUUGAGGAUAAGAAAGAAUUGAACAUGAAACCUAGUACCAUAUUGCCACAACAAGAUAUCUCCAGUUCUUUGAUUAAGUUUCAAUCCAUGAAGCCAAAUAACGACACUUUAAGCGAUAAUCUUUCCAUGAGUAUGUCUAUUGACCAACCAAAUAUGCGUAUGGGCUCAAAUUCUCAUUCGCCAAUUCCUUCAUUUUCUCCAAACUAUGGUUCCAUACCGUCUCGCUUGUCUCAAGGAAGCAGAAAUAAUAGUAAUGUAGAGUUGAUCACGAGUAGAAAAAGCUCCCUUGAUCGCCAUAGGCUCUCGUUAUUGAAUAGAACUGGUAGCAAUGUUGACAUUAGAAGGGGCUCAGUGGGUACUAUGGAGACUACAAAUGAAGAUUCAAAGGAAGAUGAGGAUUCGCAUGUUCAUGGGUUAAGAUUCAAUAGUGGCACGGUAAACGACAAAACCGAAGAUAACAAUGAGGAUGAUGAUGAAGAGGAGAUUUUGAUUAAACGUUCGUCCAAUGCUGUUGCUUCUUCUACAGAGCAUUUUUCUGUCUCUCCGAGAUCUGCUAGAAGUAUAUCUGUUAGCUCUUAUACUAGGAGUCAGCUUCCGCUAAAACAUCCGAAUUUUUCUUAUCCAACAACAUCUGCUACUACAGCUCACGCAAAAUUUCAUAAAAGUGAGGUUAUUCCGGAUCAGCUACAUAGAGAAGGUUCUCAUCAUCACAACAGUUCUCAUAAAAAUGACGAAGAUGAUGACUUAUUGUUUGUGAUGAGUGAUAUGAACCUCACCAACUAA